AAAAAACAUAUAUAUCACUGAAAUAAAAGUAUGUGAGAGUUACACAGAAGGCAUUCGAAGUUAUAUAGUUAAUAGUUUUUGCAGAUACUUAUGAAUGAAAAUUUUGUGCACGUGGACAAAUAAAAAACAAGUGGAUUUUAUUGAUUUUUUUCCCAAUUGGAGUACUUUUAAAUUGGAAUCAAUAGUGAAAUAGUGAAUUUAGUUGAUUUUUGUUCUUUGUGGACUGAAACUGUCGAAAAUUUUACCAGAAAUGGACUGCAUUAUCAACUUCCUGUCUUGGAGCCUCGUCUUGAGUCUGGUGACCAGCAGAAAAAACUACAAUUAUCACACUUACAGUCCCUACUAUCAGUAUUCUAAACUGAGAAAUAUUCGGUCUAUACGUCAGAUAACAGACGACGCCAUGAUGGGUGACCAACCAGAUUCUGGUCCAAACAUAUGUAAGAUAAAGGAAGUAUAUGGGACUGGAGAGAGAUUCUACCAAGGUUUUACAGACAAGAGGCCCAAGAGGAUAUGUGAUCGGCCCACGUUUAUAAGAUAUACAUGUUGUACUGGGUACAGUAGAGAGGAAACAGGCAAAGGAUGUCCCAUCACCAAACCUUUGACGAACAUAGUGGAAACAGCAGGUGACAAGUUGUUCCUGUCAAAGUUUGUAGCACUGUUAACUAAUACAGAGCUAGAAGAAAGCUUGAAGUUUGACGGAGCAUUUACAGCUUUUGUUCCUGUUGAUGAAGGUUUUCUUAACAUAUCAUAUGAUGAUAGAGAGAGGCUACAUCCAUGGACUUUCAAUGCACCUUCAUUGGUCCAUUAUCAUGUGGUAAAAGGUCGUCACAGUUAUUCCAAGUUUAGAAAGAAUCAAGAAAUACCAACAUUAUAUUAUGGAGCCAAAGAUGUCAGGAUAAACAAAUAUGCUUAUGGGGUUGUUACUGUAAACUGUGCCAGGAUUAUUAUGCCUGAUCAACCUGCUUCUAAUGGUAUCAUACAUGUUAUUGAUAGGAUGAUAAAACCAUUGGACUCCAUAGGUGACUUGGCAGAAAUAUUACUUAAACAAGACAGAUUUUCCAAGUUCUCCCAACUGUUGUACAAAGCAAACUUGGUUAAAAUGUUACAAGGAGACAGACAUUUUACCAUCUUUGCACCAAAUGAUGCAGCUUUUGACAGAUUGCCUAAAAUUAUAAAAGAAAAGAUUUUAACAGAGAGAAAAGUAGCUGAAGCUAUAGCUAAAUACCAUAUAGUAAAAGGUGUCCACUGUAGUGCAAGUACAAUUAUGACAUGGGGAUUAAAUACGUUACAUAGUGGAUCACUUACUUUCCGCUGUAAAUUCAAUGGAAAUUAUGUAAACGAAGCCAAGCUAUUGACAGAGGACAUAAUGGCUGGUAAUGGAGUAGUCCAUGUUAUUGAUAAAGUUUUGUUACCAGAUUCAGUUAAAAAUAUGUUGGAGAUUGCAGAAACAUACGAUACAAAGACAUUUGUAGAAUUAGCAAGAAAUGCUGGAUUGACAGACAAAAUACAGACGAAAAAAGAUGUUUCUAUAUUUGUUCCAAAUGAUGAUGCUUUCGCAGCAUUACCACCAGAAUAUAUGGCGUCAUUACGAGAACAGCCAGGGAUAGUGGAACAGAUGAUAGAUUAUCAUACUGUUCUAGGUAGCUUCACUACAGAUAAACUGAGAGGGAACCAGUUACUAGACACUGAACUGAAACCUACUAAACUUAAAGUCAGUGUAUUUAUGAAUGGUUUAACUAUAGAUGAUGCCCAUUUAGUAAUACCAGAUAUAGAAAGCAAUAAUGGAGUUCUACAUGUUAUAGACAAAGUUCUUGUUCCUCCUGGUUUAAAUAUGAUGGAGCUUCUUAAUGUGGAUGAGGAAUUAAGUAUGUUUAAAGACUAUGUAAAGAAAGCUGGACUGACCGAGAAGUUUACAAGUGAUGAACAAAUAACAGUGUUUGCUCCUUCAAAUGAAGCUUUUAAAAAAAUGAGUAAUUAUCAGAAGAAAUUUUUCUUAGAAUCUGAAAGUGGCAUUAAAAUGCUACUUGAAAGACACAUGGUAAAUGGAGUAGUGGUUUCUAUAGGAAUGUCAAAAGACGCCAUCUUUACUAUUCCAUCUAUCCAAUCAGAUAGUCUUAAUUUGACCUUUGACUCUGACGAAACAACACUACGUAUCAACAAAUUAUCAAAAGGAGUAACUUUAGAUAUGUUAGCUACAAACGGUAUUUUGAUUAAAAUUGACCGAGUGCUAGUCUGUGAAAGUUGUAAACAGGUCGAAAUUAAAAAAGAAUUAUUGUAAAUUGUUUUAUUGUAAAUGUUCUAAAUUUGCUCAUAAUUUCUGCUAUAAGAAUUGAAUUUAUGAUUAACUUGACACUGUUGCUAAGAAUGUUCAAUGUUUGACCAUUUUCAUUUAUUCAUUUCAUUUUAUCAAAAAUUCAUAUGAACUUUUCUUGAAAUUAGAACCUUAUAAUAUAUAAAGUAAAUAUAAUAUGAUGUGAAAAUUUACCAUGAAUGCUUCCAUAAUGUAAAUACUGAGAGCCUAACUUUAUCAUGACAUAUUGUAUUAUUUUGUAAAUUAUUUGCUGUAUAAUUUUCUGUGGAAGCUAUGUAUAUAAUAAUUCUGAUUAGUCUCAGAUUUUCCUUUGCUCUUGUUUACUAAUUCAAUAUAUCCCCAUAAUCUCACUGUACAUACAAUAAACAAGGGCACAUGAAAAUCUUGUUUUAAUCUGGUAUAAACUCAUAAAAUGUACCGGUAUAUCCAGAUUUUCUUUUGCCCUUGUUUUCUAAAAUGUCCCAAUCUUUUCAUUGGACAUAAGUGUAAACAGGGCAAGAGAAGAUCUAAAUUAUGUAUAUAUUUUGACUUUUAAAUGUUGGUAAUGUUGCUUUGUUUAUAGGUCAUUGUAUAUUGCUAGUGUUGAAAAUGUUAGAUUUUGUAUACCACAUGAUGAAAGUGUUAUGAAUGUGCAAUAAUAUGUCAGAAUUAAAUACUUUUUUAC